AGAUCCCGGUGUGCGCGGCGAUGGCGAUGGGAGACGUGGAGUUGGUGUCGCGGUCGUUGCAGUUGGAGCAGAAGCUCUUCCAUCUCGACCUCAAGGACAACCCGCGCGGCCGCUACCUCAAGAUCAGCGAGCGCACGGCGCUGAACCGGUCGACGAUCCUGGUGCCGGUGGCGGGCGUGGUGUGGUUCGUGGAUCUGUUCAACUACUACGCCAACGGCGGCGAGCAGGGCCAGCUCAACAGCAAGGAGCUGCAGCUCGACUCCAAGGUGUUCUACUUCGACGUGGGAGAGAACCCCCGGGGUCGAUUCCUCAAGGUGUCGGAGGCGAGUCGCAUGCAUGGGCGCAGCACCAUCAUAGUGCCUGCCACCACGGGGACCACCCCCGGCGCCACUGAUGAUGGCUGGGCCGCCUUCCGCAAUGCGCUGGUGGAAAUUCAUGAGGCCUCCCUUACCCUGCCGGGCGCCGCACCUGGUGUGGCAGCAGCAACGACCGCAGGCUAUGAUGCCGGGGCAGCAACGGCAGGGGGCACUCAGGGGGGUUUGGCAGGCGUGGGCUCUUCAGCAGGGGGUGCGGUGGGAGCGGGAGGUGCGACAGCAUCGCGUGUGAUAGUGGCGGACCAGAAGCGCUUCUUCCUGGACCUGGGCUCCAACCCGCGCGGCCACUUCCUCAAGAUGUCUGAGGUGCUUGGUGUAGAUCGCUCUUCCAUCAUCAUCCCAGCGUCUGCAGUGGCGCAAGUGCAUGACGCCAUCGGCCAGCUCAUUGCCGAGCUCCAAGCGCACGGAGGGUACUCCUCGCAGCCUGCUGGCCCUGUCGUUCGCACACUUGGGCCUGCACCGAAGCGCCCGGAGAAAUGA